AUGGUUAUGGAGUUCUAUGACAUAAUGGUCCUCAUAUGGGGUGGGGCUCCAUCCUCUGAGCCUCUUUCUUUUUGUGCUCAUUCAGCUGGUCAAGCAGACGAAAGUCAAGAACAAGGUGUUGAUAUAUCUGGUAAUUCUGGUUUAGGAAAUGAAAAAAAUGAGUAUGAUUCUGAUGAAUCCCUAACUAUUUCUCUUGGUAAUAAUGUAGUUAGUAUAAAUAGUGCCAGUAAUGAAGCGACAAUCCGUAAACGCCCGGCUUCAAACCAAGUUCCAAUACUCAUAGACAAUAAACGGCAACAUAAGGAAAGACAGUUAUCAGCAGCACAAAAAGACAAGUUACUCAUGCAAGAAGGUCAAAAAGAGAAAAAAUUUCGAUGCGAUUUAUUACGUUCUCUAAAGGAAUCUAAUAAUAUAUUUGCUGAGUCUGUGAAGGCCAUGAGUGACUCCAUGAUGGCACUUGCCUCAUCAAUGCAAAGAUCAAUUGAACAUGUGAUGAUUGCAUUCACAGCUGCUCGACUGUUCUUUGGCCUAGUAUUCACAUUAGGCACAACUACGUCUUCAACAGCUUCAGGUCCAUGUGGUAAAAGUCACCUGUAUGCUCCUGCUACACUUAAAAGUCCUCUUUAUCCCAGUUUGUACCCUAACUCUAUAGACUGUAACUGGACUAUUUCUGGCACCAAUGGGUCAAGGGUUUCGUUAACGUUUAGAUCAUUUUCGCUGGAAAGUGAUUCCCGCUGUAGGUAUGAUUAUUUGGACGUUUAUGAUGGUGACUCCUCGUAUGCAUCAAAACUUGGCCGAUAUUGUGGAAACCAAUUGCCACGAAGUCUGACAUCAUCUGGAAUCCACCUGUUUAUUGCGUUCCACUCGGAUGGUCCAUGUGGUAUAAGCCACCUGUAUGCUCCUGCUACACUUAAAAGUCCUCUUUAUCCCAGUUUGUACCCUAACUCUAUAGACUGUAACUGGACUAUUUCUGGCACCAAUGGGUCAAGGGUUUCGUUAACGUUUAGAUCAUUUUCGCUGGAAAGUGAUUCCCGCUGUAGGUAUGAUUAUUUGGACGUUUAUGAUGGUGACUCCUCGUAUGCAUCAAAACUUGGCCGAUAUUGUGGAAACCAAUUGCCUCAAAGUCUGACAUCAUCUGGAGUCCACCUGCUUAUUGCGUUCCACUCGGAUGGUAGUCAACAAGGAAAAGGAUUUGUUUUGGAUUUCUCAAAUAAAUUUGGUCCAUGUGGUAUAAGCCACCUGUAUGCUCCUGCUACACUUAAAAGUCCUCUUUAUCCCAGUUUGUACCCUAACUCUAUAGACUGUAACUGGACUAUUUCUGGCACCAAUGGGUCAAGGGUUUCGUUAACGUUUAGAUCAUUUUCGCUGGAAAGUGAUUCCCGCUGUAGGUAUGAUUAUUUGGACGUUUAUGAUGGUGACUCCUCGUAUGCAUCAAAACUUGGCCGAUAUUGUGGAAACCAAUUGCCUCAAAGUCUGACAUCAUCUGGAGUCCACCUGUUUAUUGCGUUCCACUCGGAUGGUAGUCAACAAGGAAAAGGAUUUGUUUUGGAUUUCUCAAAUAAAUUUGGUCCAUGUGGUAUAAGCCACCUGUAUGCUCCUGCUACACUUAAAAGUCCUCUUUAUCCCAGUUUGUACCCUAACUCUAUAGACUGUAACUGGACUAUUUCUGGCACCAAUGGGUCAAUGGUUUCGUUAACGUUUAGAUCAUUUUCGCUGGAAAGUGAUUCCCGCUGUAGGUAUGAUUAUUUGGACGUUUAUGAUGGUGACUCCUCGUAUGCAUCAAAACUUGGCCGAUAUUGUGGAAACCAAUUGCCUCGAAGUCUGACAUCAUCUGGAGUCCACCUGUUUAUUGCGUUCCACUCGGAUGGUAGUCAACAAGGAAAAGGAUUUGUUUUGGAUUUCUCAAAUAAAUUUGGUCCAUGUGGUAUAAGCCACCUGUAUGCUCCUGCUACACUUAAAAGUCCUCUUUAUCCCAGUUUGUACCCUAACUCUAUAGACUGUAACUGGACUAUUUCUGGCACCAAUGGGUCAAGGGUUUCGUUAACAUUUAGAUCAUUUUCGCUGGGAAGUGAUUCCCGCUGUAGGUAUGAUUAUUUGGACGUUUAUGAUGGUGACUCCUCGUAUGCAUCAAAACUUGGCCGAUAUUGUGGAAACCAAUUGCCUCAAAGUCUGACAUCAUCUGGAGUCCACCUGUUUAUUGCGUUCCACUCGGAUGGUAGUCAACAAGGAAAAGGAUUUGUUUUGGAUUUCUCAAAUAAAUUUGGUCCAUGUGGUAUAAGCCACCUGUAUGCUCCUGCUACACUUAAAAGUCCUCUUUAUCCCAGUUUGUACCCUAACUCUAUAGACUGUAACUGGACUAUUUCUGGCACCAAUGGGUCAAGGGUUUCGUUAACGUUUAGAUCAUUUUCGCUGGAAAGUGAUUCCCGCUGUAGGUAUGAUUAUUUGGACGUUUAUGAUGGUGACUCCUCGUAUGCAUCAAAACUUGGCCGAUAUUGUGGAAACCAAUUACCUCAAAGUCUGACAUCAUCUGGAGUCCACCUGUUUAUUGCGUUCCACUCGGAUGGUAGUCAACAAAGAAAAGGAUUUGUUUUGGAUUUCUCAAAUAAAUUUGGUCCAUGUGGUAUAAGCCACCUGUAUGCUCCUGCUACACUUAAAAGUCCUCUUUAUCCCAGUUUGUACCCUAACUCUAUAGACUGUAACUGGACUAUUUCUGGCACCAAUGGGUCAAGGGUUUCGUUAACGUUUAGAUCAUUUUCGCUGGAAAGUGAUUCCCGCUGUAGGUAUGAUUAUUUGGACGUUUAUGAUGGUGACUCCUCGUAUGCAUCAAAACUUGGCCGAUAUUGUGGAAACCAAUUGCCUCAAAGUCUGACAUCAUCUGGAGUCCACCUGUUUAUUGCGUUCCACUCGGAUGGUAGUCAACGAAGAAAAGGAUUUGUUUUUUGGAUUUCUAAAGUGAAUUGAUAAUAUGACAAACACUGAUAAUAUGAUAAUACGACGAACACUGAUAAUCCAUAAAUGGAAACAGUCUGAUUAUGCAGUAAUAUUUUAUUAAUAUUAUCAUUAUUAUAA